CACACAGAGACACGGUCCGCUGACAGCCUGCUCUGUUAUGUUGGAGUAAACACAAACUCCUCCUCCCCGGUGACAGGCGGCAACGCCGGAGCAUCGACUCGCCUUUUCCCCACACAAUCUGCGCUCUGGACUUUCACUCUGAAGCCAUCACGGUGGUGAGCAGGAUUCCUCCGAGGCUUGCAACUCUGCCCUACAAAAGUCUGAGACCUACAAGCUGCUGUUGCCUGGAUUCAGGGAGCAUCUCUCCUCGCUGGGCUGUGAGGGCAGGACUCACCCCACCACCACCCCCACCCUCACCACCAGCUUCUGUCCAACUCCUCGUUGACGACGGUAGCAACAAUGUGACUACUGGGCUCAGAAACAUGUGACCUGCUAAUAUGGAUCUGAGAAUCAGCAUACAUUGAAUCAACACUCAUCCAGUCACAAUGAUUCCUCUUCUGUUUUUGGUGACAACCACAACAACACCCAAUUCCACCGGCAAUGGCAACCAUACACAAGAAGAUGUUACAUCCCCCAGCCACCACAUCCUCCCUACCGUGCUGGUCCUGUCCCUGCUGCUGGUCAUCAUCGCACUACUAGCCUGGUACUUCCUCAGGUUAAAAAACCAGAGAAAAGCAGUCGUCACCACAGUUGACAAAAAGAUACCAAAUGGCAUCCUGGAGGAACAAGAGUUUGGAUACAGUACUGAGUCGUUAUACACCAUUGUACCACCAGAGCAACAGACGGUGGUCCUUCUGCCCAGAUCCCCUUCAGCCUCUAAGACCUACGUCCCCAUCCCGGUGGACCACCUCGAGGAGGAGUACAGGCUCCGAUCAGCCGAUGAUGGCAAGCUCUUCAGGGAGGAGUACAAUUCCUUGCCGGGGGGUAGUGCCCACGGGACGUAUGAGGAGGCCAACAAGGACGACAACAAGGAGAAGAACAGAUACCCCAACAUCCUUCCCUAUGAUCAUUCCAGAGUGGUGUUAAAUCAGCUGGAUGGAAAUCCCUGUUCAGACUAUGUGAACGCUUCUUACAUCGAUGGUUUCACAGAAAAGAACAAAUUCAUAGCAGCACAAGGUCCAAAAGAAGACACCACCGCCGAUUUCUGGAGGAUGAUAUGGGAGCAGAAAGUAGCUACUGUUGUCAUGCUGACCAACCUGAAAGAAAGGAAAGAAGACAAGUGUCACCAAUACUGGCCAGAUCAGGGCUGUUGGACCUAUGGGAAUGUGAGGGUGGCAGUAGAAGACUUCACCGUCCUCGUGGACUACACCAUCCGGAAGUUCUGCAUACAAUAUCAAGCCAGCGAUGCCGCAAAAACUCCCAGGCCUGUCACCCAGCUCCACUUCACCAGCUGGCCCGACUUUGGAGUUCCUUUCUCCCCCAUCGGCAUGCUCAAGUUCCUCAAAAAGGUCAAAGUGGUAAAUCCACCCUUCUCUGGGCCCAUUGUGGUCCACUGCAGCGCUGGUGUCGGGAGGACAGGAACCUUCAUCGUGAUAGAUGCCAUGAUCGACAUGAUGCACGCUGAGCAGAAAGUUGAUGUUUUUGGGUUUGUCUCUAAGAUACGAGAGCAGCGCUCACAGCUCAUUCAGACAGAUAUGCAGUACUCAUUCAUCUACCAGGCCCUGCUUGAAUACUACCUCUACGGAGACACGGAGCUGGAUGUGUCGUCUCUGGAAGGACAUCUGCAAAAACUGCACAAUACCUUUACAGAUGGUGACCGGGUUGGCCUGGAGGAAGAGUUUAAGAAACUGACCAAUAUGCGAAUAAUGAAGGAGAACAUGAGAACAGGGAACCUUCCUGCCAACAUGAAGAAGAACAGAGUUCUGCAAAUUAUUCCAUAUGACUUCAACAGAGUCAUUCUCUCCAUGAGACGAGGUCAGGAGUUCACCGAUUACAUCAACGCAUCUUUCAUAGACGGCUACAGACAGAAGGACUACUUCAUCGCCACCCAGGGCCCUCUUCCACACACAGUAGAGGAUUUCUGGAGAAUGGUGUGGGAAUGGAAGUGUCACUCCAUUGUCAUGCUCACUGAGCUCCAGGAGAGGGAGCAGGACAAAUGUUGCCAAUACUGGCCAACAGAGGACUCGGUCACCUAUGGGGAUUACACUAUAGAGCUGAAGGGAGACACUCUGUGUGACACCUUCAGUCUACGAGACUUGGUACUCACCUUUGUCCCGGAGAAGCAGACGAGGGUCAUCAGGCACUUCCACUUCCAUGGCUGGCCAGAGGUCGGCAUCCCAGCUGAGGGGAAAGGCAUGAUCGACAUCAUCGCCUCAGUGCAGAGGCAGCAGCAGCAGUCUGGGAAUCAUCCCAUCGUCGUACACUGCAGUGCCGGUGCGGGGCGAACAGGUACGUUCAUUGCUCUAAGCAAUAUCUUGGAGCGAGUCAAGGCAGAAGGCCUGCUGGACGUGUUCCAAACUGUGAAGAGUUUACGCAUGCAGAGGCCUCAUAUGGUCCAAACUGUGGAACAAUAUGACUUCUGCUACAGGGUGGUACAAGACUUUGUUGACAUCUUCUCAGACUAUGCCAAUUUUAAAUGAUGAGAUUUGCCUUAAACAUAGUUUUUAAAUGUUGUUUUCUAAAGCUGGUUUGUUCAAUUUUAUGUGUUUCUUUAACUCAGUCAAAUGAUCUAUUUUGCUAUGCACUUGUCCUACCAUUAACAGAAACUCUGUCCUGGCUGUAAUAUACUGUAUGUCAAUGGAUGAAAAUUGUAAAUGAAAAAAAGUUAGAUUAAUAAUGUACAUUUCACAUCAUGUAUGAUAAUUAUUUUGUCAUGAAGUGUUGUUUCUGACUUGGUCUCUUAUUUCAGCUUUGUUGUGUAAUGCUGUACUUUAAAUGUUUGUGUUAUUUUGGAUUGACCAUGUAAUAUUUUUAAAAGUUGUAGUUAUUGUAAAUGUAUUUAUGUAUUGACAAUAACAUUCCUUUCUUGGGUGUUAAGUGAACAUGAUGGGAAUGUUAAGAUUUUUUUUUUUUAAUGUAAACAUACAGCACAGUCUUUCAUUUAUUGAUAACUUCUAUCUGAGAUUAGAGGAGAUAUUUCAAAUAUUUUUCAUUGUUCUCAUGCCCAUCAUGAUACUCUUUCCAAUGGAAAUACUGUCAGAAAAAGAAUGAAUAAUUUCAGCCAUAAUUUAGAGUGGAACGUUAUGCAACAGAGGCCGUGGUGACGACACCGGGGGCUGUUUUCUAAUAUGGAUUCAGGCAAGUUUCACAGUUAAAUAUCACAGCGUCUUGACAGUCCAUUAAACUGGUUUUGUACCUCAAAAAAAAAAAGGUGGUAUGCAACUGAAUUUAACAUGGAUGUAACAUUACUACAGCCUGCCUUUUGUCUGUAGACAGCAAAAAGUAUUUUGCUAAAAUUACUGCACAUUAAAAAGCACAUGUAACUAA